AUGGAAUAUUACGAGGGACAACAUAAAGAUCGUUCACUUAGCGAUUGUAUGUUAUUGGUUGCCCAAAGAUUAACAAAAUAUCCUGUUUUGGUGGAACAGAUUCACCCAAAGGAUAGAAUUGACUUUUCUUUUGACAAUUUGUUUUGGCCUGUUAAAAAUGACUCAACAAUAACUUUAACUAAUUCAACAAAAACUAUUGGAAGACGGCAAAUUUUAUUAAUAACACGUGCUUUUUGGCGUGAAACAAUGAAUGGACCUGAACUUGAACGUAAAACAGAAAAAUUUUUUUUCUUAAAAAUGUCUUUUUUAAAGUUCGUUUAUUACUUUGUGAUGAUAUUAUUGUCUUCCUAA